AUGUCCGAAAUCAACGACCCAGCGCAGCAACCCACGGACACAGCAACUGUCGCAAUGACGGACGCCGCCAACAACACCGCAGGGGCCAGCACCGGUGGGACACGUUCGCGCAAAAAGAUGUACAAAAACUGCGAUCGCUGUCGCCAAGCAAAACGUGCCUGUUCCGCCCAAUAUGCCAGCAUCGCAGAGGCGCUAGCCAGUAAAGUCGCCUGCACCAACUGCAAAAAGAAGGGCCAGGUGUGCACCUUCAACAGCCUCAUCAACUCGUUUGGCGGCAUUCCGCUCGGCGGUCUCACCGGUGCUGCUUUUGCUGAGAGCUUGCAAGAGGCAGCUAAUGCAGCACAGCCCAUACAAUCCUCUACAUUAGAGACCGCCGAGGAUGAGACUAUGCCCAACGCACAUACCAGCCCUGCUUCGACGAAGCGAAGACGUGAGAGCCUUCCUGACAGCAAUCCAGCUACACAACCGCUUCAGUCGCAAAGGUCUGCGAUCAGCAGUGUCAAUGCCGCAUUCGAAGUGCUCAACGGCAGCUAUACCAAUGACCAGCCUCAUAACGAUGACGACGAGCAGCAGCAGCAGAGAGCCGCAAAGCGAAGGAAACAAUCUGCCGCUCAAGACACCAACGCCACGUUUGCCAGCUUUGCUGACUUUGAGCGGCAAACCACAUCCGCCGACUACAACAUCAACAGCAACUCCCUGGUGCUCAGUCGUGCACAAUCGCCCUUUGCUUUCGACGACGACAGCGCUGACGCCAUCUUUGGAUCGUCCUCCUCACAUGCGGGUCCAUCGUUGUUUGACAUCCUCGGCUUCGACAUCUGGGGCACCGCACCCAACGUUCGACUUGCGCAGAACGCGGACCGCAUGCAUCUCAACUCAGACCUCCUCAACGUCUACGAAGGUGCCGCAGAGUCGGCUUUCCGCGUGUGGGUCACCGACGCUACGACGCCCUACCUUCUCUGCGCCGAUUCGUUGACCUCCUCGUCAGCUGCCAUGUCGCUCAACAAGAAAGUGUGUCUUUUGGACCACGCCUCGAGACGCAUCUUCAAGACGGAUGGUGCGGCGCGCAAUGUCGAGAAGCGUGUUUCCGAGGCGUACCACGCUGUGCUGCUCGCCUACGCCGCACAGUGGCCGCGCCAUCGCAGCAGUCAGUCGAGUUCUGCACGCGCCGACUGGAAGCCCGACGAAGCACGCAUCCGCCUCUCGCUGUGGAAGCAGGCGAGGGACAAGCUCAUGGACGCUGCCGAUGCAUGGUCGUUCCGCAUCGUGUUUGCGCUCAUCCUCUUUGCCUGGACCGAAAAACCUCGCGAGAUGCCCGACAGCGAAGCGUGGGCCAAAGGCGAACACGAGCUGCCCUCGCAACUCCAUGUCCCCUCGCUCGACGAGAACAGCGCGCUGGACUCGUCCUCUUGGCAGAUCCCCGCCGAGGCAAGCACAAUGAUGCUCGCCACCGCCAUGCGUAAGCUCAAGGCAUUCCGGCUCAAGAUCCAGCAACUCCGACGCAAGGGCAUCGAUCUUUGGUCCACCGAAGAGCCCGGUCUGGAUCCAACCCAGGUCGCUAACCGACAGGCAGAAGCGACGCUGCUUGAAAACACGUACCACAACCUCUACUGGUUUGGAUGUAUGAUGGACACCGAGCUGUCUGUGUUGCGCAAGUACGAUGCUGUGAUUGGCGACGAAGAUGCGGAACUCACUGAUCAGCUCUUGUCGCCAAAUCGUGCCAUCAGCCUGCGCAACGAGACCGAUGGGUUUGCGGCCAUGUCGGGCUCGGGCGGCGCGACGACGCAAAGGCCUCUGCGCAAGAUCUGGGACGAAGUAAUCCCUGCCAACAGCCAGAAGAACCGCCACACGUUUGUCACGAGUUGGCCAUGCAGCGAGGAAGCUGCCAAACGCACCUUGGUGUAUGCGACACCGAUCAAAGUGCUGUUGUUCAGACACGUCGGACGGUUGCAGUCGAGCUACUGGCGUCAGGCGCCGAGCGAGCAAAUCGAACGACAGAUCGCGCAUGUCUUGUCGGUGGUGCGACACUGGGACGAGACCUUUGCCCCGUUCUUCGCUAGCUGUAUCGCGCACCAUGCCGAACUUCCACCGUCGAUCCAAUCUUGGCACGUCAUCACAGCGACAAAGUGGAAUCUUGCCGCAAUCCUGCUGGUCGAACUGGUGCAGACAAUGGAUCGUACCUCGGUAGCGGACCCGUUCGACAACACGGACGAGAUCUUUGCCGAGCUGCGUUCGAAAGUUUGCAACCAGACGGCAGCGCUCAUCCACGCCAUCCAGCACUCGAGUCUGGCCUCCUCAGCCGGCGCCUCUUCCCACGGAACAGACAAGGCCGAGUCGUCGUUUGACUUUAUCGAGGCGACGGGGAGUACGAUCUUGCACAGCGAUCCGUGGCCCGAGAUCUCGGUGCAUGGCUUUGCGUGUGUGGCCAAAAGCGAGAUCAAGAACUUUGCCAAGCUGGCCGAGCAGGCCAAGUGGGACGAGGUGCGGUGUGCCGAGCACCGCAUUGAAAAGUGCAUCUGGGCGUUGGAGCAGUUGAGUAACCGAAGCACGAUGGCGGUGGACGCGAGUGUCGAGGUGAGAAAAUUGCUCGACAUGCAUUCGCCGUUGAGAAAGCUUCAGCAGCAGCAGCAGCAGGAACAAGAAGGGGAUGGAAGAAGUGGUGGGAUUGGAGUCUUGACAGACGACGUGUGGCAGUCGUGCCUGGAGAUCCUCAAUGAAGGCAGUGGUGGAGGAGAUGCAAGAUCGUCUUCGACAAUCGAUACGCCAGAACUCGUCAAUGGGUUCACCCACUCUGACUGGCCGCAUCUGACUAUGCCCAUGCCUGCCUCCACCACCAUGGAUGUAUCCGCCCCUACAACCUCCUCCCCCUCCUCCUCGAUCGCCCAGCCUGCGCUCACGGCCUCGAUGGAAAACGCAUUUUUUCUGGGCAACCUAGCCACCGCCGCCGAGACCGCCUCCACAGGCGCCAGCUCCUCCUCGCGCGCCUCUUCCAACCACUCGCUUUCCCCGCCCCUCACCACAGCAACCCUGGCUUCGCUCGACUACCCAUCGUCCAUCUCCAUCUCGCCCGCCACCACCACGGCUACUAGCACACACCUUGAUGCUGUUGCCACACUGCAACAGCAAGAGCAGCCGCAGCAGCAAACCAAGCCGCAGCAGCACCUCUACGAUGACGCGGGCGAUCUGGACGAUUUCACCAUGGGCUCGAUCGGCAUCAACCUUGCCUUGGGUGGUGGAAUGGACACAACCCCGUUCGACGCGUUCCAGUUGCGCGUCUAG